AUGUCACUUGUGCGUGAUCUCACCCCAGACGAUGCAACUGGAUCAAUCGAAGUCAGGGAAGUAGAGCAAGAUGUCGAGAUGAAGGACUGCUCCAGUGGCGGGCAUACGGAUACAGAGGGCGACGCUACUGAAGAUGGAGAUCCGAAUAUGUUCCAGAUCAUACAGCAGCUGACGGCGCAUCUGUCCACCGUUGAGGAAGAUGGUGAAGAGCUUGCAGCAGGCUUUCAACGUAUUCCCAACCGUCGUACCCUCCCCGAUUACUUCGAAGUGAUCACCGAUCCAAUUGCGUUUAGCACAAUUCGAAGUAAAAUUCAAAAAAAACAGUACUUGACUAUUGCGGAGUUUGUCAAAGACGUUGCACAGAUCUGCCACAAUGCUCAAGUAUACAAUCGUCCAUCGGCGCCAAUAUUCGGAGCCGCGGUUCGCCUCCGAGAAAUAUUUCAUGAACAGCUCCAAAAGCUAGUCGCAAAGGGAGACAUAGCGCCUGAUGAUGCGAAACUACCUGAUCUAGGUGAGCUACCUCCCGUCGAAGACUCGCCAUCACUUCCAUCCGAAGAUGAGGAUGAAGAAGAUGAGGAUGAGUCUUCGGACGAUGAGGAUGAGUCUUCAGACGACGACGAGAGACAACGGAAGCGACGCAGAGCACGCAGUCGUGGUCGUCAAUCCUUCGUCAGACCCAAGGAGCCCGAUGAAGAUAAAGAGGAUGAUGCAUAUAAAAAGAGAGGCCGCCCGCCUAUGGUGCAAACACCUACGGAAGCGCGUAUCUCUUCAAUCCUCCGAUCUCUUAGAAAGUUCAAGGAUGAUGAAGGAAAUCUUCUUGUGACACCUUUCGAAAAGUUGCCGGACAAGACAACCAUGGCUGAUUAUUACCAAAGCAUCAGCAAUCCCAUUGCUCUGGAUAACAUCAAGAAGAAAGCAAAACGAAAGAAGUAUCGCCAUGUGGACGACCUUCUAUUGGACAUUGAAUUGAUGUUCGAGAAUGCGAAACUUUAUAACGAAGAUGAUAGCCCCUUGUAUCUUGCUGCCGUGGAAUUGCAGACACAAUCACGUAUUCUUGCGGAGCAGGAAAAAGCCAAGCCAGACGAUGAUUUCAGGGAUGAGGACGGCAAACUUCCCCUUUCUGAAAUACAGCAUAAUGGACAGAGCUGGAAAGUCGGCCCCAUCAUAGGUGAUUGGGUUCAUAUUCGGAAUCCAAAUGAUCUUGCUAAGCCAAUUGUUGCUCAAAUAUUUCGGACAUGGCAAGACCGUGCGGGCCAAAAAUGGAUUAAUGCCUGCUGGUAUUAUCGCCCUGAGCAGACUGUUCAUCGAUAUGAAAAACACUUCUUCGAGCAUGAGGUUGUGAAAACGGGCCAGUAUCGAGAUCACCAAAUAAGCGAAUUGUUGGACCGAUGCUUUGUUAUGUUCGUAACCCGCUUCAAUAAAGGUCGCCCAAGAGGACUCCCUUCUGACAAAGACGUCUAUGUGUGCGAGUCACGCUACAACGAAGAGAGGUUCCGUUUCAAUAAAAUUAAGACGUGGGCGAGUUGUGUGCCUGAUGAAGUACGGGAUAAGGAUUAUGAAAUGGACUUGUUUGAGGUGCCACGCCGCAUGAGAAAGGUGCCUAGUCCCAUCAAGCAUCUUCUUCGCGAGGACGCGAAGGAUACCGACGAUCUUCCUCGACCAACUUGGGGAAGCCCCAAUGCUCCGCCCAUCGUUGGUGCUGUUCAUCGGCGCCCCCCUGAAGCAAAUGAGUCUCCUCCUCCCGAGCCAACCCCCCCUCCGCCUCUUAUGCCAACUGCAAGUCAUAUGUCAUCUGAAUCUGCUACGCGUCCCUCGGCAGCAUCCGUAACACCGGAAAUGUCUAUGGACCCUACUGUGAGACUUCCGCAAGCUGCUGGUCCAGUUCCAUCCCCAUCCCAAGUCAACCAGUACAGCAUGCAGGCUACAGGUCAUUUUCAGCCAGUAACACCCGCCGGCGGUGGCCAUGUUAUGCAGCAAACACCAGUACCCAUCCCACAACCACCGCAGGCCGCAGUGACUCCUCAGAUGUCCAUUCGACCAAUGCAAUAUCAGCAGCAGCAGCAGCAACCAAACUACACGCAUAAUUUUGGGUCUUCAUACUCUUCAUCACCGGCAGCAUUUACCCACCCACCACCGAUGGCUAAUCAAGCUGCGCUGCAUUAUAAUCAACUCCAGCUUGGGCGAAUGCCAUUCAAUGCAUCUACUGGCAGUGGUAGCAAUCCCACCAAUGUUUACAACCCUCCACGACCACCCGAGGUAUACACACUACCAGAUAACAUAAACGAGGCACUUCAUCCCCAAAUUCGGAAAGGCUUUCAACAUGAUAGUGCUGGCCGGGUCUUGUUUUUUGUCGGUCCACCUAUGGACCGAACGCGUGAGCGACUGUCUCCACAGAGUGUUGGACUUGGGCACAGCAUUAAAUACAUCGCGGGGCGUAGGAAUUGGCUGGCAGAACGCGAGAAGAAGAGGCAAAAGCGUGAUGAGUCACAGGCGGCUAGGCCUGAAAACAUCCUUGUUACAAGCCACUCCUUGGCGCAAUCGGAAGAAGGUAUCGCUUCUCAAGCGGCAGAUGCCAUCGACCAGUGGUUCCAAAGGUUCACCGAGCGAGGCCUCGAGUGGAAACAAGACGCUGGAUUAGAAGGCUGGGGGGGUGGAUGCAGAACAUGA